AGAACUUCCUAGUAUUCCACAUUCAUCCUACUGUCCUAUUUAGUAAGAAACUAACAAACAGCGAUAUGGCGGCGUAUGCUGCUGUGACUUCACUUUUGCAUACCCUGGAUAAUCUAUCUCAAACUCAUACAUCACAUUCUCUUCUUUACAAAAAAGAGCAAACUGAAGUCCUCAGUGACAAGUACACCUUCCUUAAAACCUUUCUUGAGGAUUUUACUAAUAUUUUCCAUGAAGAUAUAAAGAUGAAGCAUCUCGAAAGGAUGAUCCAAGAAGCUGCUAAUGGAGUGGAAGAUACCAUCGACUCACAUGUAUAUGAUAGCUCUGUCGUAGUGCAAAGCAAGCGAGUACGAAGAAAGGCUGAUAUGAUCUUUCAUCAAAACUUGGAAUAUGCAAUUGAGGAAAUUGAUUUGAUACAAAGAGAGGUUAUUGAAAAGAUAAAGGUCAACAAGUUCAACAGCAAAAUCUCUCAUUCAAGAGAAACUUCAUCUCAGAUUCCUAUGGAUCAAAAAGAUAUAAUCGUUGGACUAGAUGAAGAUUUACUAAAGAAUAAAAGAUCGACUCAUCGUGCAAUCAUCAAGCCUCGAAGUUGUCCCCAUUAUAGGGAUGGGUGGUAUUGGCAAGACCACACUGGCUAGAAGAGUUUAUGAUGAUUCCUUGAUUGCAUACCAUUUUUAUGUUCGAGCAUGGACAAAUGUAUCUCAAGAAUUUGACACUAGAGAAAUUUUUCUUGGUAUUCUUCGCUCCAUUGGCGUGGUCAACGAUGAAGUAGAAAGAAACAGUACUAAUGAGCAAUUGGCUGAAAGAGUUUAUCGAAGUUUAAAAGGGAGGAAGUAUCUCAU